UUGAAGUAUAUAAAUCAAAUAGACAAAAAUACAAAGCUUCAUCGCUCUAUACUAGGUUUUGCGCUAUUGCAAGAGGAAUUUCUGAAGCUUCAGAGGGUAUAAGAAUUAUAAAUAUGUUUGACAAGCAUCAGUUUCGAAGUUUAUAUCAAACAUUGGAUAGUUGCAUGAAAUCAAUUAUUAAAAAAGAAAGUAAAAAUUGUAAACAGUCAGGCACAUUAGAAUCUGAAAAAAUAAAGUUUUUACUUAACUCAUUAGCUACUUCAACUAAUAAUUCUAAAGGUCUUCUUCAUAAUAGUGGAAUACAGCUAGAACUACCAAAAGAAAAAAAUCAUCCUGGAGAUAUUAAAGACCCAUAUGCAAAAGCUGAGAUUAGUUUAAUAUUACCUGAUAAUUUGAAUAAUAAGUUUACACCAGUGGCAGAUCUUAAAAAAUAUUUGUCAAAACAUCCAACUAAUGUAAAAGAUGAUUAUUUCUUUGUUACAACAAAUACUCCAAAAAAUACCUAUUGUAGUAAAUGGUAUUUACCUGCAAAGCUUGGAAGAGGAUCCCAUGAUAAUAUAAUAUAUGCAAUAUAUAGCAACGCCAAUUUGAAUUUUAAAGGUUAUGCAAUUACUAAUCAUUUGAUGCGAUUAACAGAACUAUGUUCUUAUUUAGCAUUAGCAAAUGAAAUAUCUACUCAAGAACAAAAAUUAGGCACUAUUUUGAAUAAUUUGACAUUAGUUCAUAAUAAUCAACUAGGAUUUAUGAAAGUAUCUAAAUUAUAUUCAGCAAAAUAUAAUAAGGGACCUGAACCAUUUUAA